CUCGAGCUGCGAGACUUUAGUUUCGUUUGUAACCUCUCCGUGCUGGACUUUAACUCGGGGUCGAGUUUUGUACUUUUCUAAUUUUCUAAUUCUGUCUUUUGUUUUCCUCGCGAUCCUAGCUCAAUAAUAGAGUAGCAAUUUCAUUUGGUUUUUAUUUACUUUACUUUCACGGUUUACACGUUUAUUCUUGUGUGAUUUCUGGAAGGGUUCCUGUCAGUGUUCAUCAUGGAUGCUUCUUUACCAUUCGCCAGCUGUACAUCCUUACUGACUCAGACUAAAGAAGCAAACGAGAAGCCACCAGGUGUUUUUAAUUUUGAAGUUAAGAACGAUGAUAAGCAGAUCGGAACACUUUUCAGUUUCGGAAAACCAGCAGAUGUUUCAUUCCUGGAUAAAAAUAAAAACAACAUUUCCAAAGGCAAAAACAAGGAUGCGGUUGUAACCAGAGCUGUGUGGCCAGCUUCACCUCAACUAGAGACUCCAUGGAGAUCAGUGAACUGGACCUCGAAAUCCAGGGAAGAACUGAUGGAAAAGGUUGAGUCAUACAGACCGGCCUGCACGGCUGUGUCUGAGGCCAGAGUCCUGCUUCUGGGUCCUGUUGGUGCAGGGAAGUCCAGUUUCAUUAGUUCUGUGCAGUCAGUCUUUUCUGGACGCGUCCUGAACCGGGCUAUGGUGGGCUCAUCUACUUCCACAAGCUUCACAAAAAAGCUCCAGUCAUUCCCCAUCAGACGGAGCGGAGCGAGAUCAGACCCCACGUCUCUGGUCCUGUGUGAUAUUAUGGGGAUUGGAGAAGGAGACUCAACAGGACUGAGUCUUUAUGAUGCACUGUGUGUUAUUAAGGGACAUGUGAUGGAGGGACAUCAGUUCAGUGCAGAAGAGCCGGUCAGAUCUGACACUACGGGCUUCACAAAGAAACCGAGCUUCAAAGACAAGAUUCACUGUGUGGUGUUUGUGGUGGAUGCAUCAAAAAUCAACACCUACCCCAAAGGACUGAGCACCAUGUUCCAGAAGCUCAGAGACAACAUCAGCAGCCUGGGUGUGCACCAGGUGGCACUGCUGACUCAUGUGGAUGAAGUGUGCACAGAGACUUCGCGAGAUGUCAGCAAGGUGUACAGGAGCCACCAAAUUCAGCAGCUGAUGGUGAAGACAGGAGCACUUCUUGGAAUGGCAACGUCCUACAUCAUACCUGUGAGAAACUACUCUUCCCAACUUGAGCUUGAUGACAACACGGAUAUCUUACUGCUCAGUGCUGUCGAUCACAUCCUGCAGUACGCUGAUCUGUACUUCCAGGACACCGUUGUGGAUUAGAAAGCUCCACUGUAAAAACACAAAUUUCAAUUCAUUAAUACAGGGUUGGUCAAAAUUAUGUUCACACUAAUGCAGGGGUGGCCAACCAGUUGGAGACCAAGAGCCACAUUUUUUACUGUAUUACUGCAAAGAGCCACAUCAUACACAUGGGCACACGAACAUCACCCAUCCCUUCCUCUCUCUCUCUCACACACACACACACACACACACACACACCUACCUCUGCUCAGCCAGAUUAAUAGUAAAUGUCACACACCAACAUAUUUACUCCUACAGUACUAAGACCACAGGCUGAGGCCAGUCAUUUUUAACAAUGAACAUUGUGUGCACUUACUAUGCAUGCAACUUAGUGGGACUCAUGGCAUUACCAAAAAAAAAGCCACACCAUACACAUGACCGCACAUGAACAUCGCCCCCCCCCCCGCUCUCUCUCCCUCACAGACACACACGCUCAAACACGCACCUCUGCUCAGCCAGAUUAAUAGUAAAUGUCACACGCCAACAUGAGAGAAAUUUACUCCUUCAGUCAGUACUAAUACCACAGGCCAGUCAUUUACAGCAAUCAAUAUUGUAUGCACUUACUAUGCAUGUUGCUUAGUGGGACUUCUGACAUUCCUUGCCUUGAACAAUCCUCUUCAAAUCUGCCUUGUAUUCCGUCGUUGCCACUCGAAGCAGUUCUUUCACAUGGGUUUCAGUCAGAACAGAACGACGCUUUGACUUCACGUGUUUCAUGGUAGAGAACACAGACUCGCAGACGUAUGUUGACCCAAACAUUGACUAAGCGCAGCCUGUUUCACAUUCGGGUAUUUUUCCAAUGGCACACUUUUCCAAAACUCAAUGGUGCCUUCCCUCAAAACACGUUUCAGUUGGUCUUCCUCACGAAGAUCGAUCAUCUCCAACUCAGCCGCAGCCUCAUCUGUGACAAGCGGGGCUUUCAAACAGUCCGUCUCUGCAUUGAAUGGGUCGACGAGGAACGUAACCUGUGGCCUUUUCAGUUGUAUAUCACGGAACCGGGUUACAAAGCUUUCGUGCAGGUUUUCAAUUAGUGUUGCAUAUCUGGCUCCUUGCUUAUUCAGGGAGGCGGGAAGCUUUGAAAUGAGCUAAUGACGACUGACAUAUAAGGCAGAAUGGCUUGCCAUUACGUUCAACAAAAAAGUAUAAACUCUCCCACUCUGUUAAAAAUGUCCUAUGUUCGUCUUCAUAUUUUCGUUUUGCUGUGCAUUUUUUCAUUGCCAUUUUGAGAGGCUACUUUACACAAGAUACACCUUGCCCAAAAACUUAGCGAUUAUCUCACGCACAUGCGCAUUAGACAUGACCUGAAAAUACCGUAAUAUACCCAAGCAAAGCGAAGAUGCAUUUGACGAAAAUACCAUACUGAACUCAAGCAAAGCGCACACGCACAUUAAAAAAAACAAAACACAAACUUCGAUAUGAACGUAAGAGCCGCAUGCGGCUCGCGAGCCGCGGGUUGGCCACCCAAGCACUAAUGGAUUAUUUUUCUCCUGAAUGUAUGGUGCGCCGUGAUUGCUGCUGGCGUAAUUGGGCCCUACUUUUUUGACACCCCAACAGUGACGUCAGAAGUCUACUUACAGAUGGCGCAGCAGUACGCCAUUGAUGAACUUCCAGUACAGAUCCGAUUGGUUUCUACCAUUUAAGUGUUAACAUAAUUUUGACUAACCCUGUAUGUCUCUUAUUUCCUAAUUUUAGUUAUCUUUAGUAUAGUAUAGUAUAGUAUAGUAAUUUGCCCAUAGGUGUGAAUGAGUGUGUGAUUAUGUGUGUACUAGACAUCCCAACCACUGUGUAUUCUUGUCUCACACCCAGUGUUCUCAGGAGAAGCUCCACAGCCAAAAAUUACAAAAACCUAGAAAUUGAGAUGGAUAGAUAUACGGACAGACAGACAAAUAUAUAAAUGUGUUGAACAAAUAAAUAAAUGUAUAUUUUUCCCAAAA